AUGACUUCGGACGGGACCCCUUCUUUAGAAGAAACUGUGUGUAAAUUUUGGGAACUCGAAACAGUUCCUCCUGCCACAAUCGUUUCACCUGAUGACGCACUCUGUGAAAAAUUAUACUCUGAGUCCCAUUAUCGUAACGAAGACGGUCGUUAUGUUGUAUCUUUACCCUUCAAAAGCCCUAGGCCGAUCUUUCCGACCUCUAGAGAACUCGCCGUUCAACGCUUUUUAUGGUUAGAAAAACGUCCUCAACGCAAUCCUGAAUUAUAUCAACAGUAUUCUGCCUUUAUGCAAGAAUAUCUCGCUUUGAAUCACAUGGAGCCUGCUGACGUGCCAUCCGGGGAUUCUUCCGCAUUUUUUUAUAUUCCGCAUCACAGUGUACUUAAGCCUGACAGUCUCACCACCAAGUUACGUGUCGUCUUUAAUGGCUCAGCAUCACUUCCUCAUCAAUCAUCGCUGAAUGAUCAUCUUUAUGUCGGUCCUAAAUUACAACGCGAUUUAAUUUCUAUUCUUUUAACUUUUCGCUUACACAAAGUUGUUUUUGUUGCUGACAUCAAAAUGAUGUAUCGCCAGAUUCUAAUCACCCUCGAACAUCGCGAUUACCAACGUAUUAUAUGGCGAUUUUCACCCAACGAACCUCUGGCCGAUUUUCGAUUACGAACUGUUACAUACGGACUCUCUUCCGCUCCAUAUUUGGCCAUUCGUACUUUACUUCAGUUAGCCAACGACGCAGAGAAAAAAAAACCUUUAUUUUCACUCGAACCUGAGAACAUAGAAUAA